GAGCCUGGCGGGAGCGGGUGAGGAGGGCCGUGGCUGUGGCCUGCCCCAGCCCAGGCCUCCGCUUGGGAAGCUGUCCGGCCCCUCCUCACUCGCCCACCCCAAGCCUUCCCUUCUCCGUUUCGAACCUCCAGGGGCUUCCUUACAGUUCCCACCGACUUGCUCGCCCCCACUGCCAGGGUCCCUCAGGGCUUCCCUGCCUCCUUGCAGAUGCCUUCCUACCCACGGGGGCCUUUCAAGCUGUUUUUAGGCACACGCCUCCCUCAUUACCUUACCAAGAGGACUUCCGUUGCCAGCUACGAAGCUUACCCCCAUCCAAGAUGUCCAGUCCCCUGGAGCACGCACUGGCUGUGAUGGUCACCACCUUCCACAAGUACUCUGGCCAAGAGGGUGACAAGUUCAAGCUGAGUAAGGGGGAGAUGAAGGCCCUUCUGCACAAGGAGCUGCCCAGCUUUGUUGGGGAGAAGGUGGAUGAGGAGGGCCUGAAGAAGCUGAUGGGCAAUCUGGAUGAGAACAGUGACCAGCAGGUGGACUUCCAGGAGUAUGCUGUUUUUCUGGCCCUUGUCACUAUCAUGUGCAAUGAGUUCUUCCAGGACUCUCCAGACCGUCCCUGAAGCAGAACUCUUGCUUUGCUGUGGGCCUCUUGGACCCACGAGGACUCUAGCUAUCCUUUGUACUCAAUAAACUUAUCUGUUGAUCAUAUUUUAAUAGCUCAGUGAUGCCCAAUACCCUGGCUGGCUCAGUUGGGGUGCUGGAAAAUGAGAGCCUCUUUAGAUCCUACCCCCUCUAGGCUCUGACUCUUCUGGAAAUCUCCCCAAGGCCAGAGCUGUGCCUUAAGUCCCAGACUUUGGGAUUUCAAGUACCAGUAAAAAUUUGAGAUAGUUUGCUAACUUUUUUUUUCCCAAUAAAGAUAUUAAAAAAGGCAAA